AUGUGGUACUUGAAUUCUAGCCUUCUUUCCCAUCUGUCUGUUAGUACUGACUUUCCAAUUUUUAUAGCUAUAUUCAGUGGGACGGGCAAGGAACCAGAAACAGAGAGUCGGAGCAGCCGCCGCCAAGUUCUGACCUGGCUCCGUGCCGCCGCCUCCACUGCCCGAUGUGAAUUCCGGAUUCCUUUUGGUUCUAAGUCCAAAAUAGCAACUCUCAAGGAUCAGGUGAUUCAGAAUCUUCUUAAGGAAGACCAUAUCCCCCAGAAUAAGAAAGUUGUUGGGGUUGGAGCUGUAGGCAUGACUUGUGCCAUCAGUAUCUUAAUGAAGGACUUGGCAGAUGAACUCGCUCUUGUUGAUGUCAUGGAAGACAAAUUGAAGGGAGAGAUGAUGGAUCUCCAGCAUGGCAGCCUUUUCCUUAGAACACCAAAAAUUGGCUCUGGCAAAGACUAUAAUGUGACUGCAAAUUCCAAGCUGGUUAUUAUCACAGCUGGGGCAUGUCAGCAAGAGGGAGAAAGUCGUCUUAAUUUGGUCCAGUCUAACGUGAACAUCUUUAAGUUCAUCAUUUCUAAUAUUGUCAAAUACAGCCCAAACUGCAAGUUGCUUGUUGUUUCCAAUCCAGUGGAUACCUUAACCUAUGUGGCUUGGAAGAUAAGUGGCUUUCAAAAUUGCGUUAUUGGAAGUGGUUGCAAUCUGGAUUCAGCCGGGUUCCCUUACCUAAUGGGGGAAAGGCUGGGAGUUCACCCAUUAAGCUAUCAUGGGUGGGUCCUUGGAGAGCAUGGAGACUCCAGUGUGCCUGUAUGGAAUGGAGUAAAUGUUGCUGGGGUCUCUCUGAAGAAUCUGCACCCUGACUUAGGCACUGAUGCAGAUAAGGAACAGUGGAAAGAGGGUCACAAACCGGUGGUUGACAGUGCCUAUGAGGUGAUCAAACUGAAAGGCUACACUUCCUGGGCCAUUGGACUGUCUAUAGCAGAUUUGGCAGAAAGUAUAAUGAAGAAUCUUAGGUGGGUGCAUCCAAUUUCCACCAUGAUUAAAGGUCUCUAUGGAAUAAAGGAUGAUGUCUUCCUUAGUGUUCCUUGCAAUUUGGAACAGAAUGGAAUCUCCAAUGUUGUGAAGGUGACUCUGACUCCUGAGGAAGAGGCCCGUUUGAAGAAGAGUGCAGAUAUACUUUGGGGGAUCCAAAAGGAGCUGCAGUUUAAAAAUUCUCUAAUGUAGGGGAUCCCUGGGUGG